AUGCCUCCACUACCUGAACACGCCACCCCCCCUCCACCGGCAGUCUCACUCUCGCCACUAGACGAAUUCGCAGCCAUAUUCGCAGCCGCGGCGCUCCCACCGCCAACAGACAGCGACGCGGCCGGGCUCGCGUCCACGGACCCGGCGCGGCCCCUCGGGGAAUGCAUCAACGCGGCGACGCGGGUGCCGCACGCGCGGCUCAACCGGCUGAUCGCGGCGCGGCUGCGGCUCGCGCUGCCGCCGCGGGCGGCCGACACGUGGAGCUACGCGCAGGGGCUGCUGCACCUGGCGCCGGUGUACAUGGCGGUGGAGGCGCAGUGGCGGGACAUGACGGGCACGGGCACGGGCACGGGCGCGGACGCGGCGCGGCGGCGCGUGCGCGCGGUGCUGGCGCACGUGGGCGGCGUGCUCCUGGACGGCGGGCUGGCGCGCGAGGUGGCGCUGCGCGGCGACCUGCGCGCGCUGACGGGCUGGACGGAGGCCGCGCUGGCGGAGCAGCUGGCGGAGGCGGCGGGCGGCGGCGGCGCGGCCGCCGAGAUGGUGCGGCGCGUGCGCGCGACGGCCCGCGAGCGCCCCCACGCCCUCCUCGCCUACGCCUGGGUCCUGUACAUGGGCCUGUUCGCGGGCGGCCGCCGGCUCGUGCGCGCCGCCUUCGAGCGCGUCGACCCCGGGGCGCGGUUCUGGCGGCCGCUCGCGCUGGAGGACGAGGACGAGGAGGAUGACGACGACGAGGAAGAAGACAAGGGGCCGGGAGGCGAGAAGACCGCGGAGAAGAGCGUCGGCUUCGUCGAGCGCCUGUGGGGCCUGGUGACGGGCGCGAAGAACAACGGCAGCAGCACGGCAACGCGACCGCCCCCUAGCGACGCAAAGCAGCGGCGGCAGCAGCGGCGCCCGGCGUGGCAGGCGCCGGCGCGCCAGCCGCUCGCCUUCUUCCGCUUCGACACGGCGACGGACGGCGAGGACGUGCGGGCGGCGUUCAAGGCGCGGUUCGCGGAAGCGACGGCGACGUCGGGCGAGGACGAGGGCCGGGACGAGGUGCCGCGGCUGUACCUGACGCAGGCGGAGCGGGACGAGGUGGCGGAGGAGGCGCGGGCGAUCUUCGAGCACAUGGCGCGGGUGGUGGGCGAGCUGGACGAGGUGUGCGGGACGGAGUACGAGGGCGGGGUGGUGGUAGCGGCGGCGGCGGCGGCGGCGGCGAAGGCGGCGGACGGCUCGGCGACGCCGCUGCGCAGCCGCGACAGCGUCGUCGUCGAGAAGGAGAAGCGCACGCGCAAGCGCCUCGCCGCCAUGGCCGCCACGGCGGAGGCUUCGCCCAAGACUACCGGCGCCCGCGGCGCCCCCGCCGAAGGCCCCGCCCUCGACGCCCUGAGCAGGCCCGCCCCCGCCCGCCCCAGCCUCAACCGCUCGCUCAGCGCUAUCAAGUUCGAGGCGUAG